AUGAAGAUUACCAUAAUUAUAAUUCUUCACACAUUAUUGGCUAUUUCAUUUGCCUUCAAUGGAAAUCUUAUCUCCAACUUUACCAUAAACUUAGUCAAAACCCAUCAGGCUAUAGUUUUCGGCUGCACCGAAUCAGGAUUGCUAAGUGCUGGAAGAUCACUUAUGAAAUGGAAUCAAGGAAUGAUGCUUCUCAAUUUAAAGAAGAACUACUCCUUGAAAAACGCUCUACCAAGACAAAACUAUGCCAAAACUUCUGUUAUCCUUGAUUGUUCCUGUUUGGAAUGUCACGAUGUUCUUCGUAUUUCCUCCGAGGGCAAUUAUUUCAAUAAAACAUAUCAAUGGAUGAUUUGGGAUCCACAAAAUACUGGACUAGACGAACUUGUUGGAGAUUUGAAAAAUAUUGGACCAAAUGCCCAAAUUACUUAUGUCAAUAAAACGGAGCUAGAAAAUUUCGAAUUUUUUGAUAUCCACUCAAAGGGAAGACAUUUAAAUGCCUUUUUGGAAGUUGUUCACUACGCAAAUUGGAAUGGAAUGUUAAAAAUCUAUGUUGAUGUUUUGAAACUCCAAGGAAUUCGUUUUAGGGAUCAAUUUAACCAGUUAAAGCUGCGAGGAGCCACUGUGAUUGAUCAAGACAACAUCACCAACGAUAGCCAAAUUGUAUCAGUGCUAUCAAGUUCUGGCAAGGAAGAUGGUGUAGCUGCCUUUACCAAAUACCAUUAUGUCCUAUCGACAAUCCUCCAAGAACGUUUCAAUUUCACACUGAGCUAUCGCAAUUUACGUGGCUGGGCUGGACGUUUGCGUGGAGGAAUAUUUCGUUUGGGUUUCCUGGGGGUUGUUAUGCGUAACGAAGUCGAUGUAGGAGCAUCAGGUGCUUUUAAUCGAAUCAAUCGCUUGGCCGAAUAUGAUACAAUUCAUCAGAGUUGGAAAUUUGAUUCGGCUUUUAUGUAUCGAUUUACCUCCGAUAUAGAUGCGGAUGGGAUGAGUGGUAACUUUUUAGCACCAUUUGCAACGCAGGUUUGGUUAAUGUCGGCAGCUACAAUUUCUGUGGUCAUGAUUAUGUGGUAUAUGGUGGCGUGGUUGUUGAGCAAGAAAUUCAAUCAAGAAGAAGGAGAAAGGGAUGGUUUCCUGUUGAAGGCUUUUGCUGCCAUUUGCCAGCAAGGCUUGGAUCCUAUUCCCAGAGGGGUGCCAUCUCGAGCAAUUGUCUUUACUUUGUUACUUUUUAGUUUGGUUAUGUAUAAUUUUUAUACUUCUUCGGUGGUUGGUGGGCUUUUGAAUAGUUCGGAACAAGGGCCGAAAACUGUAGCAGAAAUUGUUAAUAGCCCUUUGAAGCUGUCCUUUGAAGAUAUUGGAUACUACAAGGUCUUAUUCAAGAACUCUACAAAUCCACUUGUGAUGCGGAUGUAUAAAACCAAAGUACUACCCGAACGCGGGUCAGACGAAUUGGAAGUUUUUACUCACAUCAAGGAAGCGAUACCAUUUUUGAAAAAGGGAGGUUAUGCCUUUCAUUGUGAGCGUGUGGAUGCCUAUCCGGAGAUCGCUCGACAUUUUGAUGCGAAUGAAAUUUGCGAUUUGAGAAUCGUCUCGGGACUUAUGGAUAAGGGAUUGAUGAAUUUUAUUGUUGCGAAAAAUAGCAUGUACACAGAGCUAUUUCGUGUCGUUAUGUGUCGAGCUCGAGAAACUGGUAUUAUUAUGCGAACUCUGACUAUUCAUCAGCCAAAAAGACCAGAAUGCCAAUCUUCGUAUACAGUUUAUCCAGUCGCAAUGUCUGGCGUAUUGAGUGCUUUUAUGGUUUUGGCAGUGGGCAUGAUUGGGGCUUUUACUGUUUUGUCGGCAGAAAUUUUAUCCGUAAAAUUUACUAACAAAAGACAAAAUUUAAAUAAAUCUCGUGUUAAGAAAUAAUUCAAUUUUAUAGCUAAACAAAGAAUAUUGUUUGAUGUUGUUAGUCUUA